AUGAGAGAAUCAGCAAAGCUUGAAAUUGCUAGCACACCAGAAAAUAUAAUAAAUAAGACAGACUCAAUAGCAUUAAGGGAUAUAAGCACUGAGUCUACAUCGAGUAGCACCAACGUUCAGACUGAAGCUCAAUCAAAAAACGGACAAAUAUCAAAAGAGAGCGGAUUGACGAUUGUACGACGUUUGAGCGGCAAAAAAUCACAACAGCAGUCUGAACUAGAGCAAUAUAUUUGUUCCGAUAGCCAACCACCUAGCGUUACUACCGGUUACUGUUCAUAUUUAGAAAAUCGAUUAAAAAUGCAACCAACUUCAUUAAAUGAUGAUUUGGAAAGAAUAGAUUUGACCACGGAAAAUUUACCAGCCGUCGAUACUCCAGAUGCUUGUGAUAAAGCUGCCAUUAGACUCAGAUGUCUUCUAAGGCAACUUCAACGUGGAGAAAUUUCUGCUGAAUUAUUGCAGAAAAACCUCCAUUACGCAGCUCGAGUUCUCGAAGCUGUGUUCAUAGAUGAAACCAAUGAUGAUGGAAGCAGAUUAUCAACUGAACCUUCUGAAAGGGAUGGCCAUAAUAAACUUAAGAAAAGUAACAGCAUAGCAGUCACAGAACAUAGACGAGGAGUGCCAUCAACACCUCAAACUCAUAGUGGUCCUACGGGACUACCAGAUGGAAAGAAUGCUGUUGGAAAAAGCUUCAUACAGCGUCGUCGAUUACGGCAGCCAGUAUGGGCACGUUCUUCGUCACAGAAAAAACGCUUGGCAGACGAAGACGAUGAGCUAUCAGAAGUGCAACCCGACGCUGUGCCGCCAGAAGUUCGAGAGUGGCUUGCAUCGACUUUCACCCGCCAACUUGCAACGACUCGCAAGAAGAGCGAUGAAAAACCAAAAUUCCGUUCGGUUGCUCAUGCAAUACGAGCUGGCAUUUUUGUCGAUCGCAUUUAUCGCCGUGUAUCAAGUACAGCUCUUAUGCAGUUCCCUCCAGAGGUUGUUAAAGUCCUAAAGCACCUGGACGAGUGGUCUUUUGAUGUAUUUGCAUUAGCUGACUCGGGAAAUUGUAUGCCUGUUAAAUACAUUGGUUACGAUCUACUCAAUCGUUAUGGUAUGAUUCAUAAAUUUAAAGUGCCGUCAGCAACGCUUGAAACAUUUUUGUCACGAAUCGAAGAAGGAUAUUGCCGUUUUCGUAAUCCUUAUCACAAUAAUUUGCAUGCAGCAGAUGUUGCUCAAACUGUUCAUCAUGUUCUAUGUCAAACGGGCUUGAUGCAUUGGCUUACAGACUUGGAAAUUUUUGCAACACUUGUCGCUGCUCUUAUACACGAUUAUGAGCAUACGGGUACGACAAACAACUUUCAUGUCCAAUCAGGCUCUGACACGGCGAUGCUCUAUAAUGAUCGUGCUGUUUUGGAAAAUCAUCAUAUAAGUGCGGCCUUUCGCGUCCUCAAAGACGAUGACUGUAAUAUACUUCAAAAUCUAUCACGUGAUGAAUAUAGAGAACUACGAACUCUAAUAAUCGAUAUGGUGCUUGCAACUGACAUGUCCUUUCAUUUUCAACAAUUGAAGAAUAUGAAAAAUCUUUUGACAUUGGCGGAGCCGAGCGUGGAUAAAUCAAAGGCCCUAUCACUAGUCUUGCAUUGUUGUGACAUUUCACAUCCGGCCAAGAAAUGGGAUUUGCAUCAUAAAUGGACGAUGUUAUUACUUGAAGAGUUUUUCCGUCAAGGCGACUUGGAACGAGAACUAGGUCUGCCAUUCAGUCCGCUUUGUGAUCGCAAUAAUACUUUAGUAGCCGAAUCGCAAAUCGGUUUUAUAGAAUUUAUUGUUGAGCCGAGCAUGGCUGUUUGUUCGGACAUGCUGGAAAUUAUAUUAGCACCAAUUGCACCGAUAGCCAACAGUAAUAACAAUAAUAGUUUAAGUAAUAAAGCCAUCUCAUCUUCGAGUAACGACGAAGUGGCGGCAAAUACUCUCAACGUGCCCAAGGAGGCGUCAAGUGAAGCAAUAGUUUGUGAGAAGAAAGAUGACAAACCAAUGAGUGGCGAUGUAGAAAAGCCGACGAGGUUUAAGAUCAAGAAGCCUUGGGUAACGUGUCUCCUAGAGAACAAAAAGAUAUGGAAGGAGCAAGCGGUAAAAGACGCUGAAGCUAGGGCUCUUGCCGCAGCCGAACAAGAAAACGAGAAAAAGAGCUUGGAAAUACCGGCGGUGGAGACGAAAGUUGAAGAGUAAUAAACCAAGUUGGAAUUUUAUGUUUUACAAACGCUUUAAUAAGUAACAACAUUAAUGUUGGACAUCAAUAAUUGAAUUGUUAAUAAUUUAUUGAAAACAUGUAAAUUCUAUUUAGUGACUUGUUAUAUUUUCUUCAUUUUAUGUUGUUAUGUUUUGUUUAAUGAUUAUCUGAAUGGAUAAAUUUGAAAUGUGUGAAUGAAUUAAGAAUUUUAAUCACAAUUUUAUUUAUUUUAAUAAGUUUGAUUAUCGAAAUACAAAAGCGUCAAAUCAAUCGCACUUAAUGAAAAUUAAAGCUAAAUUAUCGGACAAUUACUUAGUGAAACCAGAAUGUAAUCCAAUUGUGAAUUGCAUUUUAAGUGAUGAAGAUUCGAGCUUUUAAAUGAUUUGGUAAUUUACGAAAAAUGACAAAAGAAAACAUCAAAAGUGUUAAUAUCGCUUAAAAAGCUCUUUUUAAAGCUUGAAAGCAUUGCAUGACGAAAGUAAAUAAUUGAAGAAAUUUCGUUCGACUCAAAUUGGAUGAAAAAAUUGAAGAAGAUUCUUUGAAGGUCUUUUUACUUUUGUGAAUAUUUUUCUCUCUCAACAAUAAAUCCUUCUUAUUGAUUUCUUUUUUCCUACUUUUUUCCUUUUAUGAAAUCGUCUUUUGAGAUUCAAACAUUCUUUCAUAACAAUAUCAGAGAGAGAUUCUUUCCAACCCCCUUCCGCAAAUAUAAGCUUUAAAAUCUAUUAUUCAUUGUUAAUGGCUGAAGAAGUUGCACAACAAAACACGAAACAUCAAUUUGAUGCUUUCGACAUUGUGUUUGUGAUCAGCGUACUUAUUUGAAAUAUUUUCUCUUAAUAAUGAAACGUGUUAUGGAUUUGUUCGUUUUGCAUCAUUCAAAAUUCAUUUCAUUUAUUCCAUCUCGUUUGUCAAUUCCGUGACAAGUUUUGAUCGUGUGUAAGUCAUUGAAUGACAUCAAAGUGUUUAUGAACAAUUGAAAGCUUUGCACUUAAAAAAGACGCCGUCAUCAACAGAUGGAACUUCUAAAUUCACAAAAUCUUUCUUCCUUUUGAUGUCUUUAUGUCAUUGAUCUGACAAAAUGAUGCAAAUUUUCCAAAUCAAUUCAAAUGGCAAGCAAGUGCUUUUAAGUGUUCUCGAAUUUCUUAUUUCAUAAAAAAAUAAAUCUGCAACUUCAAACUAAAAAUCAAAUGUUUUGAUAGCAGCAUUCGCGCUUUUGCUGAAAGUCUGACGAAUAAGAAAAAAAAGGAACAGAAAGUUCAAAAACCUCAUUAUAUUUGGGACUUUUGUUCACUUCCGGUUUCUUUAUUCCUUCCUUUACAUAGUAAACAUUUUAUGUCUGCCGAAACCGAGCUUUCUAAAAGAGUAAACCACUUGAGAAACAAAUUCUAAACGGAAGAUCGUGAAUAAAUAAUUAACGAAAGGAAUUCACGUGUUGGCUGUAAAAUUCGGGCAUAAGCAAACACGUAAUUGAUUUUCUUUCCUUGCUUUAACAACUUCAACUUUCUAAUUUUCGUGUUAAUUAUCAAAAGUUUUAAUGUUUAAAGACUCUUCCAUCCCUCAAAUGCCUAAUUUAAAUAAAUUUUGUUAAACAGGGAUUGUCAGAAAUCACAAGAAAAAAUCAAAUUGAAUAAAAAGGCACACAAAUUAAUUAAAUAAUUGCUUGAUCUGUUUUUUUCUACAACCUUUUCAAAAGAAUUUGAUGAAACGUGACAGGAAUUGCUCAACAAGAAUUAACGUCAAGUUCUUCUGGACUCUUCAAAUUUGUUACCUUUUUUCUUGCUUUCUUAAAAGCUUUUCUUGUGAAAACUUUUCAACUUUACUACCUGAGAUUCAUCUUAUGUUGAGAUUCUUUUUCAUGUUAUGCUAAGAGCGAACGACGUAAUGAGGUUAUCUACCAUGAAUGCUUUCAGAAUAAAGAAAUAGAAUUCUAUAAAUCCUUCUAUAAGACAUCAUUUUAAAAUUUCAAUGAACAAUUUAAAAAUAUUCAAUUCAAAUAUGUAGAAAAAUGUGACUCACUUAAGGCUAUGAAUGUCGUUCUUCAUUUGGCACGAACUUAUGCUGCAGAAAAAUAAAUUUCAUAGCAUUUUGCAAUGAAAAAAAUGUUAAACUUUCCGAUUGAAACGUUUAAGGACUUUAUUUAAAAGAAAAUUAAUUUUCUUCAAGAGAAAUUCUAAAAUUUUUUCUAUCGCUGAGAAAAUGAAAAUUUUCAACAUUUUCACAAGAAACUCUUACAACUUCCGAUUGAAUUUCAUGUUGAAAUAAAUUCAAGAUUUAGAAUUAUAUGAAACUCUUUUAAGUUGAUUAAAAGCCUGACAGUUAUAAAUAUUUUCCAGCUCAGCCACAAGGAAAACAUACGACAAUUCUACAUGCAUCUUUAAUACAACAUAUAAUUAGAAAUACGAGCGACAAUGAAUGUUUCCUUGAAGAUUCCUGUUAAUAAUAAUGAGAGUGGGGAAAUAUUAAAUUCUUUUAUAACCUACAUACAGAGUAGUGACAUGAAGAUUUUCUUCCAUCUAUGUCUAAAUGGAGCAUACACGAUAAGAAGAGCUAAAUGAAAUCUAAUUUCACUUGAAUGUAGAAUGAGGUUGAGUCACAUAUUUAUAAUCAUACAUACAUAGACAUAAAUUGCUAGCAACAUGGUUGGUUAUUCAAAGUAAUUAUGUCCUUGCAGGUUGCUAUACAAACGAAAUGUGCUAUGCCUCCUAAGAUUAUAUUUCAAUUUCCAUAAGAUUUUCCACUUUGCCAUCUUAAUACCUCGACAUAUAAGCAACAAAAACAGAAGCCUACAGAAUUAAGGUGCUGAUUCAGACUAGACGAGAUUACAAAUGAGAAUUGGAAAAGCUUUAAAUUUUAAUUUGAUAUGAAGCCGAACAUAGGCGUCUGUAAACCUACCUAGGUAGGCUUUGCUUAUGCAUGUAAUAUCUACUUACAACUUUUGCUCUUUAAUUCCAGCAUGAAAAUGAUUUUUUAAAUUAUGACGAAGCUUUAAAAGUCCGUUGCGUGACCGAAAAUAAAGAAGAUUAAAGUAUUUAAAACAUUUAUUUACCGGUGUGGUACUGAUUUUAAGCCCGAUUUAAUUAUCAGUUCCGAAAUGAAUAUCAAAAAGUAUUGCUACAAACUUUUGUAUGUUUUCGUCAUUAAUUCCUUUUCGUGUCACAUGAAAGGGAAAAACAGUUUAUGAAUUUCUGAAAUUUAAAUACCGGAAAAGCGGAGUAAAAAUCCGAAAUAUUACUUUCUUAAAAUGAAAGCUUUUAAAGUUUUGUCACUUAUUUCAAUGUUAAUAUUCUUAUCAGCCAUGAGAUAACAUUGAACUUUGAAGUCGAGAAAACAGCACAAUGGAACUUUAUUUUAGUUUCUUUACUACCAAACUGACAUCACUUUUGAAGUCUUUCAACUUAGGGAAACAUAAACAUAAAAAUAUUAGGUAUUCGAGAUGAAAAUUUGUGUGAAAGUUUUCUCUACUUAUUUUUUAUCCCCGUUUUUUGUCGUUCAAUAAAAAUAAACAUUUGAGUUUGUAUAAAUAUAAAUGUUGUUGAAUUUAAGUGAAACUUUUUAAUCUUAUUUCUAAACAACGUUUUUUCAACACUGAUUUGGGACCAGCUGAUUUAAGCUUUAAAGACAUUGCUCACGUUUGAUAAAUCAAGCGUUUUUUCUAUCAACAACUCUUAUGGUCAUUAGUGGAUAAAUUCUGAAGAUAAAUGAAGCACUCUAGAGUUAAGAAAUUUUUCCAUUAAUGAACGAAAAUGCAUUCUCAAUUCUCAGAUAUUUCAAUAAUCUCCAUCAUCAAUUAAUUUUCCUUUAAAAUUAUUCGAAAAUAUUUCGGUUUUCGUUCAUCUUAUUGAAAACAAGAUAAAAAAAGUUUAAAUUUAAUAUCUACAUUUGAAAUAGAAAAUUAGGAAAAUUUGAGAUAAAUUUUAUAUCAAGACAUUGAAACUAAAUAAGUGCAUAUAAUUGAAAACAUAUUGAAAAAACAAAACAAGGCGAAAUUAUAAAAAAAUUAAAGAAAAACUUGACCAUGAAAAAAAUGUUUUUGAUGAUUAAAAUUAUCUUGAGCAAUGCGAGAAGGCUUAAAACUUUUUUGGUAACUAUUCAGCUGAAAUUGGGAUCAUAGCUUUAUUAAGAUAGUAACAAUGAUGAAAGUUUAAUCAACUGAAAAAUAUAUUUAAACUAAUUAAUUAAUCUUAUUACUUAAGGAAAAGAAUAAUGAAGGCAUGAUAUCACUUAAUAAUAUCAUGAAUAAAUAAAUACUUAAAUGAGUAACGCAACAAUCAAGAUGUUUAAGAUGAAGCAAAAAUUAUAAUCACUGAAUAUGUAAUGAGAUUAAGAAAACACUGAGUAAGAGAGUUUCAGAAGACCAUGAUUCAUGUGACGUGAACGAGGGAAACAUUUUAAUUGGAAGAAGUAAAUUAAUUUAGCUGUAGAAACUUCUCCAUUCUGAUGGAAUUAAAAUUCACAAAAGUGAAGGUGAAAUUUUGUAAAAUAUUUAAAUUUAAUCCAUCUAUGUAAAUAAGUAACAGUUGUUUCAAUCCAACUUCAUGAUCUUACUCUCGAAAUCAGAUUUGAGUGAUGAUGACGCUCUAUAUUUUUUGUGUGACAUUUGAACGUAUCUCGAAUUCUGAAAUCUCAUGACGUCUAGAAAAAUUAAACUUAAAUUAAUUAAAUUAUAUUUUAAAAUUGAAAAUUAAAUAAUAUUUACACAAAAUCUUCAUCGUAUCUUAAUGCUGUUAAGUAAAAGAAGUGGCGUAAUGGAAUAAUGUAGACAGUAACAGAGGUCAAAUGCAUUUACAAACAAGUAAAGUUUAGUUAAAUUAAAAUGUACAUUGCAAAGUUUGAAGCAUAAAAUCUGAGCUGGAAUCAGAUAAAUUUAGAAGAAAAUUGAAAACUUAUUUUUAGAAAACUGACAACAGCAUAGACUUUAUGUAGUUUCGAUGAUGCCGUAAAAGAGUUUAGAAUGACACAAAUAAUAAUAAAUCUUUCUAACAUGUUUAAUGUAGACGAGAAACAAUUUCUAUAUUUAGCAUAAUCCGAAGAACUUACAAAGAAAACUUUUAUGAAUAAAACAUUUAUGGAUGCAAAUUAUUUUUAUCACACUGACAUAUAUUGACAAAUCUGCAUGAAGGUUUGGUAUCCACAUUAGAUUGAACACUUAUAUCAACUCAACUUUUGAGAUACUAUGAACAUAUAAAUUGAGAAAGAAUCAAAAAGAAUUUUUUCUUUUAUAUUUUUUCUCGCUAACUAAAGAUUUACUGCACAAGGAUACUUAAGAGAAAUUUUAAAGAAAACUAAAUUUAUGAAUCUAUCUAAGUAAAUCAUGAUUAAUAACAUCUUUCGAAGGAAGAAAGUUGUCUUAAUAGUUUUCAAACAUUUUCAAAUUUCUUGGGGUUUCCCUCAUGUAAAAUGAAAAAUAAAGAAAAUUUUUAACAUCGUGAGCAUCAUAAUUAGAAGAAAAAUUAAAAUAAAAACUAUGAAACAAUGUAAAAUAAUAUAAUGAAGAUUGAUGAGAAAGACAUUCUCUGGCUCAAGCGAAAAGAUGAAAUAAAUGAACUGAUAUUUUCUUGAAAUAUGUAGUAACUUUAAACAUAAUACUUAAUGCUUGGGAAGAUGUUCUCAACUAUGUAUAAAUAUAUCUUAUGCAGUAUGCAAAAGUCAAUAUUAUUGGCUUCAUUGGUAUGAGUAGACAAAAGUGCAUUUGAUCUUAAUACUUUUCUCUCUUUUCCAUCUUCUUUCUACUAUCUGCUAAUAUCUCUAAAGCUUAUCAGCUAUAGAAACAACAAACAAACUCACAGCGAAUGGAACAUGAUCUAAUAAAAUUGAAUAAAUAAAUUGUUAGCUAACACUCUUACAAAAUGACGGAGUGAAAAAUCUCUAUUUUGUCUGUAAAUAUUAUAGACUAUUUUCCAAGAAUGAAAAAGAAUCAAUAAAUCUUAAAA